CCGCGAGGGAAGAUCAUCAAUAUUCGAAGUCACAAUCGAAGAUGAACAUCCUAACGAUACUCGCGACAACACUUCUUCUGAGUGGCUUCGCCACGGCAGCAGAAAGCUCAAGCUCAAGCUCAAGCUCAAGCUCAAGCUCCGCGACGUCUUCGGCUUCGGCUUCGGCAUCAUCCUCCGAAAGUAGAGGACAGUUGUUGGUUCCGUUAGAAAGGAGCUCUACCAGAAACUUACUGGAUUUGGUGAGCAGUACUACGAGCAAUUCUGCGACAACCGCAUCGGCUCUAGCCGGUGCGAAGGCAACUCUUCGAGCGAGUAAAGCAACAAAUGCCGCCCAAGCGGAAGCUUUGACGCAAGCGGCAGCUUCUGCAGCUGUGAAUGCAAAAGCACGCGCAACCGAAGCUGCUGCAGCGCAAGCCACUAACGCAGCCGUUAACGCGCAAGGGAAGGCUUCCGCGCAGGCUACUGCAACAGUGGAAGCGGCAGAAUCUUUAAGGAAAUCGGCACUCCAAGCCCAAUCCGCUGCGAGCAAUUCCAAAUCGGAGGCAGCUCAAGCUUUAAACUCAGCUAAUGCCGGAGCCAGUGCUCUCGUGACUGCUUCUGCCCAGGCCUUAUCUGCGAAGAAGGCGGCCCUCGCCUAUGCUGCUGCUGCCGCUGACGCAAACACUGCAGCGGCUAACGCUCGUGCCGCCGUUCUCGCCGCAGAAGCUGCCACUCGAGCAGCCGCCCAAGCCGAAAAAGACUUCGCAAAUGCCUCCUCCCUUGCGGUUAAAGCCCAAGCUGAAUCCAAAGCUGCCGCAGCCGCGGCUGCAGCAGCGAAACUCGCCGCAUUAGCCGCCGCCGAUGCCAGCGCCCAAGCCAAUGCAAGAGUUAGAAUCACUUCCGUUCAAGCUGCCAACAAUGCUCUCAACAAAGCAAACGAUGCUCAAGCCACAGCCGAGGCUGCAGCCAUAGCCAGAAGCAGCUCCAGGGACGCACAAGCAAACUGGGUUGAUAACAGGUCCAGUUCUUCAUCAUCGUCCAGUGCGUCGUCCAGUGCAUCGGGCAGUGCAUCAGCCAGUGCAUCGACCAGUGGAUCGGCCAGUGGAGAAGCCGAUUCGGAAGCCGAUUCAGGAUCUAAUGCAUCAGCUGGUUCACCAGCCGGUUUUAAUGCUGAUUCUUCCGGUUCUUCCGGUUCAGCCACCGGUUCAGCUGCUGAUUCAGCCACCAGUUCAGCUUCCGGUUCAUCAGCUCGUUUAGUUGCCGGUUCUGCAGCGGACUCAUCAGCUAGUUCAACUGCCAGUGGAUCAGCUGGUUCAGCAACCAGUGGAUCAGCUGGUUCAGCAGCCAGUGCAUCAGCUGAUUCAGCAGCUAAUCCAGAAUCUGAAGCUUCCUCCAAUGCCUCCGCCGGCGCCUCCUCUAGUGCUUCCUCCAGUGCUGCCUCCGCUGAUGCCUCCACUGAUGCUUCCGCCAUUGUUUCCAUCGAUAACUCCGCCGAAGCUCUUUCUAGCUCCUCUGCCGAGUCUUCGUCGUCCUCCUGGUCCUCUUCCAGCCAGAAUAUCUGGUCUUCGGAUUGGGUAUAUAAUCGCGUAUUCGUAUAUGAUUCAGCAUCAAUCUGCGAAGUACCGUACAAGAUGAACAUACAAGCGACAUUCGUGUUUUGCCUGCUCGCAUUGUUCGGCAGCGUGGCCCAAGCUUGGCCACCAAGGUCAUCCGAAAACAGUGACUCGUCCGCAGCAUCUUGGUCUUCGAGUUCGGCCUCGAGCUCGUCCUCGUCCUCGUCCUCGGCUUCUGCUUCGACUUCAUCAAGUUCGACAGACGAUAACAGCAGGGUUAGAGCAUGGAAGAAGGGCGGAGGAGGCGGCGACAGCUUAGUACUGUUGAUCGAUGCAUCAGAAGACCCGAAAAACAGAGAGCUUCUAGAGACGGACGCCGGAUUGGGUGCGGUCGCUGCAUUAGCGCGAGCUGCCGCGGAUGCCCAAACUAAAACAGCAAUAAGCGCCGAUGUUACGGCUAAUAAGGCAACCACAAAAGCUCUGUUAUUGGACGAGGCUGCAAUAAGGGCGGAAAACGCAGCGAAUCAAAAGAUCCGUAAGGCGUUGUUAGCGACACAAGCUCUCGUCUUAGCAUCCAGUCGUGCGAAAAUAGCAGCUAGAGCUGCGAAGGAAGCUGCUGCGGUCUCUGCUGCGGCUGCCGCAAAAGCUUCCACUAAUCAAGUAAAAGCCAACGCUGACUCGCUUGUCGCUAACAGAGCUGCAGCCGCUCUUCUUGCCGCUGCCGAGGAAGCUCUUCAAAAAGCCAGUGCUUCGCAGAAUGCAGCAGCCGAAGCUGCUGCGAAAGCUCGCGCCGCAGCUAACGCGAAUGCCGCAACCACCAGAGCCGCGGCCUCGGCUGUACUCGCCGAAGCUCGUGCCAAAAACGCUAUCACUAAAGCAUUUGCCGCUCAAAUGACGGCUUCUUCUCAGAUUAAUGCCGCCUUUCAAGUACAAAAUAAUGCGAACACACUGCAAGCUGGAAGCGCUUCUUUAGUCGAAUCCAGAGCAGAAGCCGCAAUAUCUGCAGUUGCGGCACAAAAUGCCAUCGUCGCAGAAGCUAAUGCUCAACUCGCUUAUUUCAACAAAGCAUCUUCAGAUGGUUCCAAUGAGGCUUCGGCUUCAGCUUCGGCAUCAGCCUCCUCGAGUAGUAGCAAUGCAUCCUCGAGUGCGUCCUCGAGAUCGUCAACGGUUGCUUUUAAUAGAGCACCAAACGUGGUUUUAAAUAGGGCACCUCAAUUAGGUGUUAACCCGGCAGCGGUCGCAUCGGCUCGAGCCAGCAUCUCGGCAAAUGCUGCAGCAAACGAAAAAUCAGCUCAAGAUACGCGAGCAAUCGCUUUGGCCCGAGCAAGAGUUGCCGCUAUAGCGGCAACACGAGCAAUCGCAAGGACGCAAGAAGCCGUUGCGGCGGGAAGAGCCGCAAAUAAAGCUAAUGCGCUUGCUUUUGCUAAAACUUCGGCAGCAAUUUCUGCAUUAGCUGCAGGAGAGGCUGCCGCCCAAAAGGCGACUGCUGCUGUUCUCGCCGUAAGGACUUCCAAUCUUAAAUCUUCCAAAUGCGCAGAGGAAGCUCUGGCGGUGCAGAAUAAUGCGAAUGGAGAAGCGGAACAGGCGAGUCGUGCCGCUGCUGCUAAUCUUGCCGCGGCCAUCCGUACCCGAGACAAUGCUCUCGAUACGAGGAAAGAAGCAGCUCGGCUGAAGGCUCUCGCCACAGCUGCCGCCAACGCCAAUAACAAAGCGACCAGUCUUAACGAAGCUUCUAGGAGUCAAGCAGCAGAAGCAAACUCCGCUGCCGAGGAUACAUCUUCCGAUCAACUUGCUGCUCUCACUCAAUCUAGGGCCCUUGAUACGCUCAGCACGAGUCUCGGUAUCCUCCAAAGCAUCCUAUCCUCCAGACAAGAGUCCAAUGUGGCCGAAGAUGAAGCUUCCGCCGCAGCCAAAGCCUCGCCUAGCACUGCCAUAAGAGACGGACUUAACCUUGGUCUCGGCUCUGAUGCUGGUGCAGCCGCUCAAUUGAGAGCCCAAGCCGCAGCAUUAGCACGAGCAAGUAGAAGAAUUAGUUCCGGUCCUGCGUUACCAGCACGGAGGAGCGAAGAAUCUUCGGAAUCGUCAGCCUCUGCAGUUGCUAGCUCUAGCGCCAAUUCUAGUUCCAAUUCUCGCAAAAUUAAAGAAACUACGGACAAGCAGGUAGCGUGUAAUGUUUGGACAGUUGUGCGAUGUGGUAUAAAAUGGAGGAGUAUCGGUGCAGGUGCAUCAAUCGACGAAGAUCCUACGAAGAUGAAGUAUCUCUCAACGCUCGUGUCGUCGCUCUUGUUGGGAGCCUGUGUGCUCAGUGUCCAUGCCGACAGAUCGUGGGCAGCAUCGGAUGCAAACGCUCAGUCGUCAUCCCCAGCAGAAUCGUCAUCUUUUUGGGAAAAUUCAUCCAGUGCAAGCGCAGGAGCGCCAGCUACAGCGGAUUCAUCUGUCUGGGAUGAUUCCUCCAGCCCAAACGCGGGAGCAUCAGCUGCAGCAGAAUCGUCAUCUAGCUGGGAAGAUUCAUCCAGCAGAAGCGCUAGUUCCAGUUCAAGCGCUAGCUCCAGUUCAAGCACUAGUUCCAGUGCAAGCGCUAGCUCCAGCGCAAGCUCUAGCUCCAAUGCUAGUGCUAGCGCUAGUACGGAAGGGUCUAGCGAAUCAAGGAAGGGUAUCGCAAUUGAGGGAGCCCUUGUAGGUACGGGCGCGGCAAAUUCGGCUGCGGCAUCCGCGGAACUGCUUUCGGACACCAUAGGAUUAAGUCAAGGUAGUCUUCAAGCACAAAUAGCGGCCGUAACGCAAAUUAACGUUGCCAGCGAAGCCGUCAACCAAGCUAAUCGAUUGGCGGCUGCUGUAACAGCCGCGGUGUCAGCCGCAGCUUCCGCACAAGAGAACGCCGCGUUGUUAGCACGAGCUUCGGUGAGCGCGGCUGAAAGUGCGGCUAAUGCCAGCUCGAAGGCAGAGGCGAGCUCCGAAGCGGCUAAAACGGCUGCGGAGAAAGUUUUAUUGCUCGCGCAAAACUCCGCACAAGCGCAAGCUCGUGCAACCGAAGAGUCAGAAUCUUCGAACAGAGACUCAGCUGCCAACGCGGCCACCGCCGCGGAAGCCGAAAGGAAAGCCACCUUGGCUCUAAGAGCUAUAGCUGAUGCCAAGGCCAAGGCCGCUGCAGCCGUUGCCGCUCAAUCGGAGGUUGCUGCGGCCACCGCAGCCGCUGCAAAGGCACGCUCCGAAGCCGAGGCAGGUGCCACUUUAGCCGCGGCAGCGCGUGUUGUCGCCGCAUCCGAAAAUGCUGCUUCCAAUCGAAACAACCGUCAAGCUGGUGUAGCUCAAGCCGGAGCAUCCGCCGCAGCCGAGACUAGAGCGCUCGCAUCCUCUGCCGCAGCCACCGCUAAAGCAGCCGCUUACUCUAAUGCCGAUGUCCGAACACUUUCCGUAGCUGCUUUGGAAUCCUCCAUAUCUUCUUCCUCAAGUAGUAGUGCUAGUACAUCCUCAUCUGCCAGUAGCAAUGCCAGUAGCAGUGCCAGUAGCGGUUCCAACAAUGGUUCCAGUAAUGGUUCCAGCAAUGGUUCCAGCAGCGGUUCCAACAGCGGUUCGAGCAACGAUUCUAGCAGCGAUUCUCAAAACCUCAGAGGAGAUGAUGCUUCAUCCAAUAUCAGCAACGCAGCUGAAGCCGAUAAUAGAGCUAACUCGUUGGACCUAAAAUAAUCUCUCUUCCUUUGACCAGAUCGUCCGUCCAUCCGUUCACCGAUGGAGUACCCGAAGUGCUUACUUACCACUAAACUAGAAUCACGAUUAUGCUCAAUAAUAAAUCUGUAAUAGAACCAAUAUCUGAAAAAUAUUUUACGAGUAAACUUCUCAUAAACGAAUUCUUGCAAACCCGAAAA